AUGUCUUCGAUUUUACGCCCUCCUGAACCACGGCUAGUCGCCGUCCUCCUCAUCGUCAGAUCACGUGGAGGACCACGAUGCGUUUUCCACACCCCCGCCAACCCCGACCUUGAGAAGCUGCUCGGCCCCAACUUUCGUCGCGGAAGAAGCGCAAACGAUCUCGGAUCUGACGAAGAAAGCCAAUCCAGCUCCGAUGAAGAAGAUGAAGAGCUCAUUGGUGGCGGUGGCGGCACUGCUGGUGGUAGUUCUGGAGGCGGAGGACCAGGUCGAAUGAAUGCCGCGAAUGUCGACGAUAGUAAUUCUACAACAGCCUCGUCGGCGGGUGGUGACUCGCAGCGUCCGCCGUCUCUCAAUUCCGGAAAAGCCAGGAAGAAAGCGGACUUGGAGGACAGUGCGGAUUCGACGGGUCUUGGUAGAGGGUCGGUGUCUACAAGUUGCAGUGCGGUAUUUGACUCUGUUUUCGGGUUACCAUCUGAAGUAUGGGAGAAACUACUUAGUCCGUCUCGUGCGUGGCACAAGAGGCGAUUCGAGAUUGGAAUUAAUGAUCUCGCGUUCGUGGGUUGGCCUGUCUUUGUGCGCGAUGAUGGUCAUUGGCGCAAGAAGAGUAGAAGGAGGAAGCGGAAGAAGACCAAGAGCGGCGGAGAGGGGAAGCAACAUGGCAGUGGAGAGGCGAAAAUUGGCCAAGACGACGACGAUGCGAAUCUGAAUUCUGAUAAUGACGUUCCUGACAGCACCCAAUCCUCCAGAGACGAGGACAACGCAGACAAGACCGAUAUAGAAGAUAAUGCCGAUAGUCAGACUGGCAGCCCGGAGAGUGAUAAAGAUACCAUGUCCAUGUUCAAUGUGGUCUUUGUCAUGGCUCCACCGGUACUCGAGUAUUCGAUACAUCUGAAAGAGAUGUAUGAACAUGUCAUCAAGAAGUUCAGUAAAGCCCUGAAGUACGAACAGGAUCAUUCAGACUACGUAUGGAAGGAAGCGCAGCGCAUUUUACAAAUAAAAGAAAGGGCGCGAGAACGAGACGUUUCCGGAGAAAAUCUGCACGACGAACUCGUGUCAAAAUCGUCUCUUGCUGCAGCCAUACAUUCCGUGUUCGAUAAAAUAUCAAAGUCAGAUAUUGCAUUCGUAUCUCUCAAAUCACGUUCUGCCGACUUCCAAAUACCCCCGACGACAUCGAUAGCGGAAUUGCCUUCGAGCAACGACACAUCGCUGGCAGGCAUGUGGCUCACAACAGCGAAUUCCGUCACCGCAGACCAAGGUGCGGAAAUCGAAGUGCCGAACCAAGUACUAGCCAAGCACUUUGCAUUGCUCCUUCUGGAAAGCGAGGCGAGCAUCAUGGAAGCAUUAAAAGGCAGCGAACUAGCUCCAGCUCUUUCACACUAUAUUCGAAGCUCACGGCCCAAUAAGUCUUUUGCACAGAUAUCGGCGCUGUCGGGCAUUCCUCUUGACACCAUUCACGAUCUCGCUCAGCAUCUGAUUUACUGGAGACGGGCUCGGGCUAUCCCGCCAUUGCACCAGAGAGACACUUAUAUCGUAUCACCGAAUUGUGAUCUAAGUCAAUUAAAAAAGGCUACUCAGUCCUAUGCCGCUACGUUUCCAACACUUCCUAGUUUGCCUAAAAUGUUAUCGGCAUUGAGCGGCACUCCCCGGCCAUAUGCGACUUUUAUCCCGAGCAAAGACCAUAAGGAGACAUACUUUGCGAUCCUUGCCUGGCUACUGAGAGGUGGAUGGGUGACUCAACUGAGGACAUUUUCGCGAGUCAAAGUUACGCCUGAAAUCAAGUUCGUGGUCGAGCAAAAAAUGCGUAAAGAACAGCUUGAGAAAUACAUUGCUUCUGGGGAACAUGCAAGUUCACCGCCAUCGGACAGACCCUACGGCGAUAGCACGGGGAGUCGAUACCACGAUGAUGCGGCAAGCACCAAAUCCUCGUCUUCUAUAGCCAGUCAGACCAGCGGCCAACUCACGCCCCUCGCCCCUCGGCGCGGAUCCGACGAAGACCACUUCCAGCUUUCAGACUCUUACAUAGAGCGCAACUCCCACUUGAACAUGUCGUCUCUGAUCAUGCUCCCGCAUCGAGCCUCCCCACUUGAAUCCCGAUGGCUAGACGAGAUCAUGUCCCGCUUCCCAGACGCAGCACCACGAUCUAAACACGCUCCAAAGGGGCAGAAUGAAGGCGAUGACUCGGCAGCGACGGAUUCGCUGAAGGUGCACUGGCCGAAAUUCGUCAAAUACUUCAAUGGUACCGAUGCAUUAGAGAAGAUUGCCGUUCGGGAGGGGAUGAGACGGAAGGUUGUAUGGCAGCUUCUGCAGCGAUGGGGGUUGGGUCAAUCGGCCAUGUCGGGAUUGGAUGCGAGGGAGCAAGUUCUCGUCACCGUCCGACACUGGUAG